GCCCAGCGCGGGGCAUGAUGGGGGAGGUGGAGAUUUCCAUCAUGGCGGCUUCCAUUUCGGGCUACACCUUCAGCGCUGUGUGUUUUCACAGCGCCAACAGCAACGCCGACCACGAAGGAUUUUUGCUCGGAGAGGUAAGACAAGAGGAAACGUUUAGCAUCAGUGACUCACAGAUCAGCAAUACAGAGUUUCUGCAAGUAAUUGAAAUUCAUAACCAUCAGCCCUGUUCAAAACUUUUUAGUUUUUAUGAUUAUGCAAGCAAAGUGAACGAAGAGAGUUUGGACAGAAUCCUUAAAGAUCGGAGGAAGAAAGUUAUCGGGUGGUACAGAUUCCGUCGGAACACCCAACAACAGAUGUCCUACAGAGAGCAGGUUAUCCACAAGCAGCUCACCCGUAUCCUCGGUGUGCCAGACCUUGUCUUCCUUCUCUUCAGCUUCAUCUCUACCGCCAACAAUUCUACUCAUGCUUUAGAAUAUGUUCUAUUUAGGCCAAAUCGAAGGUAUAAUCAAAGGAUAUCACUUGGUAUCCCCAAUCUAGGCAAUACUAGCCAACAAGAGUACAAAGUGUCUUCAGUGCCAAACACUUCUCAGAGUUAUGCCAAAGUUAUUAAAGAGCAUGGUACUGACUUUUUUGACAAGGAUGGAGUCAUGAAGGACAUCAGGGCAAUUUAUCAGGUUUAUAAUGCACUUCAGGAGAAAGUACAGGCAGUGUGUGCAGAUGUAGAAAAAAGUGAGCGAGUUGUUGAAUCUUGUCAGGCAGAAGUGAACAAAUUAAGAAGACAAAUCACUCAGAAGAAAAAUGAAAAGGAACAAGAAAGAAGGUUGCAGCAGGCCCUGUUAAGCAGACAGAUGCCGUCUGACAAUCUGGAGCCAGCAUUCAGCCCUCGGAUGUCCUAUUCUGGGUUUGCAGCUGAAGGGAGAAGUACUCUAGCAGAUACAGAGCCCUCUGAUCCUCCUCCCCCAUAUUCUGAUUUCCACCCAAACAAUCAAGAAAGUACUCUGAGCCAUUCUCACAUGGAAAGGAGUGUCUUCAUGCCUCGGCCUCAGGCUGUGGGCUCUUCCAACUAUGCUUCCACCAGUGCCGGACUGAAGUUCUCUGGAAGUGGAGCAGAUCUUCUUCCUUCCCAAAGAGCAGCUGGAGACAGUGGGGAGGAGUCAGACGACAGUGAUUAUGAAAAUUUGAUUGACCCUGCAGAAUCCCCUCAUAGCGAAUACUCACAUUCGAAGAAUUCACGGCCCGUGACACAUCCCGAUGAGGACCCCAGGAACACUCAGACCUCCCAGAUUUAAGUAAACAGAUGACUCUCUCUCCACUUGGCACUGCUUUUCUUAAUGGCUUAUUGAGAGUUUGUUGAGGACUUAAUCUGUGGGGAGAACUGGUUUCUCAGAUGCCGUGGCUCUCGAGUGGAGCACCCCAUGCACAGAACCCCCAGAAUCCUCUGCCCGCUGGUCCUUGCCUCUGGGUGCAGUGCAUGGGUUCACAGCAGAAUCAUUACGAUAAUCAAAUUGUCCUAAUUCUGGUGCGAUUCAUGGAUGUACUAGUAAAUUUAGGCAGAAUGAAACUCCUCAGUGUAGUUUGUUCUUUAAGAUAAAUUGGAGAUCAGAGACUAAGCACAAUUAGUCUAUAAACACUCUAAGUUGGAAACUUACCUCUGCACUAUCAUGCCUUGAAAUUUGCUUUUUCAAAGGGAAACAAGUUUAGCAGCAGCCUUCAAAGAACUUUCUAUGAUGAGCCAAAUUAUCUUUGCCAGAAAAGAAAUUUUGUUAAUUCCAAGAAGCCUAAUUGGAACAAGUCAGACAUUCCUUCUCCUAUCUGCAUGACUUUGUAAGAUGGGAGAGAGGGCUUUGUUUCAACUUUUUUCUACUAGCCUGAUACAUAUUGUCACUUAAAAUGGUUGCCUUUUUAAAAAAGUAGAAAUACUAAUCCCCAGUGAAUACUCAUCCUGAUCAGUGUCAUAAGUCAGUCUUUCGGUGUAGGGCGGCAACUGCUGCACUGCACCAGCACAGUUGGUCUCUGUUCUGGAAUCUUUGAGGAAGGCCACACGGCAGUGGAUGGCAGAAAGGAGUGAGAUGCCAGGCCUGAGUCUGGUGAACAGAUCCCAGACACAAUGAAUUUAUCUGAGUUCCUGUGUAAGAGAUGUAAUGCAGAUCCAGGGCUAGAUUUGUGGAGGAAGGACAUUUUUAAGAACAUAUCCAGGAAUCUUGGUGAAUAAGAUAUGCUUCAAUGGUCUGAAUAACCAUACUCUUCCCCCUGUUUUUUUAAGUUGCCAUUUGGGGGAUAAUUGCAAAUGUGUGGAGACCAUUGGGAUGCACUUAUGUUUUUAUUUAAUUAUUGCUUGUUUUCUAGUUUUGCCCAAAAUGUGUAACCACUAAAAAACAAUUUAGAAUAUAAUGGGCUACUGGAUUAGAUGGUAAGUCCAGCAUUUAUGCCGGUCAUUCAGCCCAUGAUGCUUGUCCCUGAACUGCCUUUCCUUGGACUGUUUAACACAUGUAAGGAUGAAGAUGUUGUUAAAAGGCUUAAGAUCUGGUUCCAAAGGAUUUAUUUCUGUUUUAUAGCGGUGUUAACUCAUGAGCUCCAGCUCCCAGUCUCAGACAGCAGAUUCAGGCUUAGAAAUGAGAUGCUGGACUGCCCUGCUUUGGUUGUGCCCCAUGGUCUUCAUUGUAAUUGUCCCGGUUUUGCUGGGCUUACACCACUGCCGUUUGAUUUGAAUGUUGAGGGUCACUUUAUCUGCAGUGCGUUCUAGCCUUUAUCAGCUACCUACUAUCGGCUUCAGCACGGUAUGAAUUCCAGUUUUUUAAAGUGCCAUCGCCAUCUCCUCUGUUCAGAUUUUGACAUUCAGGAAAAUAUUCUUAUUUUUAUGCCAUACUGAAAUAUACAGUGUAUAUCUGACAAAGCAGUUAAAUGUGACAAUAAAAACUUAUUUAAUCAUGA